UGCGUAGAGCCCUAAAAAUAGCCCGGUGCCCUUGUGAUGAUGAUGAUGGGUGUGUCCUGCAGGAUGCUGAGUCUCUAAAACUGCGCCGCGAGAGGACUCCUGAUGCAAACACUGUGCUCCUGAGAGCUUUCACUGGGGAAUAGGCAGCAGCGGACUUUAUGGAGGAAAUCAACUGUAUGACAAGUGAAGAAGAAGAAGAUGAAGAGGAGGAGGAAGAUGGGAAGGAAGAAGAGAACGUCCAACAAGAUGAAUCAACUGUGCAGCAGCCACACAGACCAGCCUGGGCUCCGUGUGUGUUGUACACCCUGGAUAAAGACGUGUACUAUUACGCCGGACAGAGGAUCGUCAUCAGUGGAGCCUUUGACUCCUUCGCAGGCAUGACAUGGCCAGCGGCUUUGGCCCUCUGUCACUACCUGGACACUCAUCGUGAGCAGUUGGACCUUGUGGACAAAGCGGUGCUGGAGAUCGGAGCAGGGACUGGUCUGGUGUCUGUGGUGGCAGCACUUCUAGGCGCAUGGGUGACAGCCACAGACCUUCCAGAAUACCUGAACAACCUCAGAGUCAACCUGAGCAGGAACACCAGGGGGCGCUGCAGGCACACGCCGCAGGCAGCAGCUCUGUCCUGGGGCUACGACCUGGAGAGCACCUACCCGUCGACCGUCUACCGCUACGACUACGUGCUGGCAGCGGAUGUGGUCUACCACCACGACUUCCUGGACGAGCUCCUGGCCUCCAUGAAGCACUUCUGCAGACCAGGAUCUGCUUUGAUCUGGGCCAACAAGAUCAGGCUGGGCUCCGACCUGACCUUUAUAGAGAAAUUUAAGAAAGCCUUGGACACAAGUCUGCUGUACGAAGAGGGAGACAUGAAGAUCUUCAUGGCAAAGUGCAGAGAGGAUGAGGGAGAUGGUGAUAAGUGUCUGAACAUCCAAAAUCCGCUGAGAGAGGAGAAGGAGGCAAACAGGGAGAAGGAGGAGGAGGAGGAGGAGGAGGAGGCCAGUGUCAAUGUAGUACAAGGAAAUGAUAUGAACAGGACAGAGGAAACUGUUACAUCAGAGGCUGACAGAAGAAAUGAGGAUUUGUGUGUUGAAGAGGAAGAGAGGAAGCAGACGAUGGUUCCAACAGGUGGCACAUGUGAAAAGGGUCACAGUGAGGAUGGAAGGGGCGACGAUCCUCUCUGCUGCACCACCAGUGGUGACAACAUUACAGAACAUGUGGGUCACACAGCUGCACCAACAUGGACUCCCACGGUCAUUUGCAGCUUCGGCAAAGACGUCUAUCAUUACGUCGGGCAGGACAUCGCCAUUUACGAAUCCAUCGACUCCUUCGGAGCCGUCAUGUGGCCGGCAGCGCUGGCUCUGUGUCAUUUCCUAGAAAACAACAGAGACACGGUGGACCUGCAGGGAAAGACCGUGCUGGAGCUGGGGGCCGGGACCGGACUGGUCACCAUUGUGGCCAGUUUGCUCGGCGCUGCAGUCACAGCCACAGAUUUACCAGACGUGCUGAACAACCUCCGGGCCAACGUGAUGAGAAACACCAGGGGGCGCUGCAGGCAAAUGCCCCAAGUGGCAGCUCUGUCCUGGGGCUACGACCUGGAGAGCACCUACCCGUCGACCGUCUACCGCUACGACUACGUGCUGGCGGCGGAUGUGGUCUACCACCACGACUUCCUGGACGAGCUCCUGGCCUCCAUGAAGCACUUCUGCAGACCAGGAUCUGCUUUGAUCUGGGCCAACAAGAUCAGGCUGGGCUCCGACCUGACCUUUAUAGAGAAAUUUAAGAAAGCCUUCGACACAAGGCUGCUGUACGAAGAGGGAGACAUGAAGAUCUUCAUGGCAAAGUGCAGAGGAAGAGACUGAAAAGAUGAUUGAAAAAUAAGUGCAGCUCAUUUUUUUUUAAGCUACUUUAAUUUUUAUAUGCCAAAGUAUUAGUUCAUUUUUAUUCACCAGAGCAAACUCAUUAGAUGACCCCAAAAUUAGGAAAAUGAAGGUUUCACACUUCAACCAGGCACACAGGGUUUCUUACAUAUUUUGCCUUUUUGUACUGCUCAGAAGUACUUUUGGGUUUCCCAAUACUUUUACCUUAAUUUGUGAAGGGCCCUGAGAUUAUUCUAACCUCAUGCAGUGUAACUCAAACUAAAUGUUGACUGUCAAACUUGGUCAUGGGCAAUUUUUAAAUUGUUGAAUGUUUUACAGCCGUUGGUUUGCAUCAAAUGACUAUUUUUGUUCAUUUGUCUAUACUCUUUUUACAUUUUAGUGUAAUAAAACAGUAAAAGUAA